AUGCAGACGCAAGCAGCCGGCUCUCAUUCAGACGCAUCGGGCGGCAGCGCGCGCCAGCGACUCUAUACUUCAGCUGGUGUCCAGAAGGUGUCCGGCAGGGCCUAUGGGCACGUGGACUCUUACAACUCCACCCAGCUGGCCUCCAGUGCUUUGUUCUGCGUGAUCAAAGGCACGGUGCUGACCAGCCGGGUUCUGUGGGUCGAGCAGUUUGUGGUGCUCCUCCUGUAUAUCAUCGGCUGGCGCAUUUCGGCGACCUUCAUGCCAGAGGCCAUUUCUCAUGGAGACGACAGCCUAGAGAUCCGCAUCACGAGGCACUACACCGAGGAGAUUUCCGAGCUGGCCGGGUUUCUCCUCGCCUUCUACACUUCCAUUGCUUUGAGCCGUUGGUGGCGCCUUCGCACGGAGGGCGUGGGUCACAUCGUGGGGGCUAGCAAACAGCUCAUGAUGCUCUUCGGAACACUCGCAGGCGAUCACGAGCUGCUGACAGCCAUCCGCAGGUACGCACGCGCCUCGUUGGCGAUCCACUUCUUGAGGCGGCGGUAUCCCUCCGACUUCAUGGAGAAGCUAGAUGAGUUGGUGGAGCGAGGUAUUCUGCUGGAGAGCGAGGUGGGCAAGCUCCGUGAGGUUGGCGGCGUUAGCCUUGCUGAGAGCGUCUGGGCGUGGGUGGCGCAGAUUGUUGUGACACUGGCCAGGGCCAAGCAGAUGUCGGAGUACAUGCUCGUGCAUCUGCUGGAAGUGGUAGAGAAAGGACGCUCUGGGGCAGGUUGUAUCCAAGCGCAAAUGGGAACACCCAUCCCGCUGCAAUAUGUGCACUUAAUGGGCCUCCUUGUGAAGGCCCACAACAUCAUCCUCGCCCUUGCCUGCGGCUUCCAGCUGGCAAGCAUGAGCCACAAAUAUGCUGUUGGCAUCUCACUGAGACUCUUCCUUGUCCCAUUCCUCUACAACGCGAUCCUGCUGAUCAAUGCGGAGUUGGCAGACCCUUUCGGGGGUGGCGUGAACGCAUUCUCCCUGGAGAAGCUCGAGCAGGUCAUUGAGAACUCUGGUCGGGGCCAUCUUCGAGCAAGCGUCCGUGUUCCCGACUGCUUGCCUCAGUUUCGCACCGGCAUGGAGUUGCCAUAG